AUGCAAUGGUUGACGACACUUUAUGCUAUGAAAAAGUUCUCGAGCCCUUCGGGGCGCCCACAUCUUACUGCUCAGGGGUUCGGAUUGUCCCCAGAGCCGGCAGGGAGCGAGGCGGAGCGGGCAGGCCUCACCCGGUCGAUAUUAAGCGGCUGCUCGGCGUCCGUGGCAGGGAACCAAGCCACGGAGCGGGUAAAUACAUCUGGAACAAAUGACGACCUACGCUAUGUUUCUACCGGACACUCUAAAGGCCAUGGCGGCACAACGACGAUUGGCGCGGAAAUGGAGAGUUUUCCUUCAUUACCGCAAAAUAAUGGUACCAGCGAGAAGGAGGACAUCGUGCCCCGGUUCCUGGUCCUUAAAAGGAAAGAAGGGGAUUUUACAAAUGUAAGUCCCUUCUUAAUAAGUAAAACGAUAUAUGGAAUUAUAGGAAAUGUUAAAGAAGUAAAGAAAGUGAAGGGUGAACUAUGUAUUGAAACUGUGUCUAGUAAGCAGUCUAAACAGAUGCUGAAAUGCGAAAGAUUUGCUGGUUUUGAGAUUGUGGUUGAACCCCAUAAAACACUAAAUACAUCAAGGGGAGUAGUUUUUUGUAGGGAUUUGUUAAAUUGUUCCCUCGAUGAAAUUAGGGAUAACCUGAGCAGUCAAGGUGUAAUUGAUGUAAGAAGGAUAAGAACCAGACGAGACGGGGAAUUCAUUGAUACCGCCAAUCACGUCCUUACGUUCAACUCUCCUAAACUGCCAAGAAAUAUUCAGGCCGCAUUCUACCCUCUACAGGUACGACCUUAUAUUCCCAACCCUCUGCGGUGUUUUAAUUGUCAACGGUUUGGACAUUCAUCAACAAGCUGUAAAUAUGAGAAAAGGUGUGUGUGCGGGAAACCUCCACACGACGAAGAUCAAUGUGAGAUUCCUAUUGAGUGUCCAAACUGCAAAGGGCCUCACAAAUCUAUUACAAAAACCUGCCCUGUAUACAGGCAGGAAAGUAAAAUACAAGAAGUUAAGGUCAUUCAUAAACUUACCUACAUAGAAGCGAAAAAGAAAGUGGACACCAUGGUAACUCCAAGCACGUCGUUUGCACAGGUGGCUUCAGUACCUAUACCAGUGUCCGCGAAACCUGCUGAACCUGAAAUUAGAAGAAUUAUUAAAGAGGAAAUAGAAGCGUUAAAGAGAAUACUUACCUCACAAAACAUACUUGUACCAUCACCUCAACCUGUUUUAAAAGUUCCUAUACCUGUAUCUAAUAUUAAUCUCCUAUCAGAGCCUACUACGUCCUCUGAGUUAGAGUGUAUGGAUACGGAGACGAGAGGGUCAAAACGCAAGACCUCUCUUGCUAAAUCCCGGUCUAGGGAGUCAAGUGUUACAUCUGUGGAUGAAGAUAAAGUGACCGAGGCCAAGCAAGAGAGGAAGAGGAAGCCGGGGUGGCCGAAAGGCAAACCUAGAAAGCCCCGUAAUUCGGGGUCAAGAGGGUCUUGUACAAAUUAA